UCCAAGAGUCUAGAUGUAGCUGACUUUGGCCAUUGCUCAUGGAUGGUAUUGUGAUAUAUCGAGACGGGAUUCGACUGCUUCAUAGACAGACUCCAUGUAAGGGAUUGAGGGCUAACCCGUCGUCCUUCUGACGCUUGACUCGAAAACUCUGAACAUCUGAAGUCUGACAGACAGAUGAAUUCCUGCAGCGACCGAUUCCGCUGCCAAUCGGUGAAUCCUCGGAGCGUCGUCACCGCAGCGCGCGCUUCGAGGCUGAUUUGUGAAUUUCUCUCUCCAGCUUCACACUCACCACGCCCAUCAAGUCCAACCCCCCCGCGUCGUGUGCCCGUCGCCCGCUGUGUGCGCCCUGCAGUCUGCCCUGGAUAGUCAUAUAUCGCUCUCAACUACUGACUCCCUCGAAAUCCUCCCCGCUCUUCACCCCGCCAGCCAAUCCGACCAGUGAUCUUAGCACCGCCGCUCUAGAGAAUCAGACUACAGACUCCAGAGAACCAGACUCCCGACCACCAGCACGCCCAAAAGAAUCCUCUGUAUAUUUGAUCUGUGACUUUGACUAGUCAUGGCUGCUUCUACACAGUUGGCUUACCGCACCUCAAAGGGCAUCGGGAUUUUCAAUGCCGCCCCAGUUUACGAACCUCUUUCCGGCUUUACCAAGCCAGAAGGCAAUCUACGCUGCUGCUGCUACUCUCCCGACAGCAGGUAUUUUGCGUGGGCAUCCCCCGAACAGGUUUCGGUUGUUGAUGCGUCCCUCGGCCACGUCGUUACCACGCUUCCCACCCCUAACGUUUUCGAGCUCGGAUUCUCUCCGCUAGGCACCUAUAUUAUUACUUGGCAGCGCCCGACCAAAGAUGAGGACGGGAAUGCAACCAAAAACCUCAAGGUGUGGAACACUGUACCAGAAGCGGGUGUUGAGGAGCGGACCGUGGUGGGCGAAUAUGUACAGAAAUCUCAGACGGGCUGGAACCUCCAGUACACCUCGGAUGAGAAGUAUUGUGCUCGCGCCGUGACAAACGAGGUCCAAUUUUACCAGUCUGGCGACUUGAAGACGGUUUGGAACAAGUUGCGCGUCGAAGGUUUGACCGAUUUCGCGGUGUCGCCUGGCAAGAACCAUUCAGUUGCCGUUUUCAUCCCAGAGCGCAAGGGCAUGCCCGCCGCAGUCAAGGUCUUCCAGGUACCUCAGUUCAACUCCGCUGUCUCCCAGAAAACUUUCUACAAGGGGGACAAGGUCCAAUUGAAGUGGAACGAUCUGGGCACGAGCUUGAUUGUUCUCGCCCAAACGGACGUCGAUAAAACCAACAAGAGUUACUAUGGCGAGACGAACAUGUACAUUCUCAGCGCCAACGGUUCCUUCGACUCGCGCAUCCAGCUGGACAAGGAAGGCCCCAUCCAUGAUGUAACGUGGUCACCAAACUCGAAAGAGUUUGGUGUAGUGUACGGCUACAUGCCUGCCAAAACCACCAUCUUCAACGCCCGCGCUGUUCCGCAGCACAGCUUUGAUUUGGGCCCGCGCAACACGAUUCUAUUCUCACCACACGGUCGCUUCGUACUCGUUGCCGGCUUUGGAAAUUUGGCUGGCCACAUGGAUAUCUACGAUCUUGAAAGGAACUACACUAAAAUCUGUACUAUCCAAGGCUCCAACUGCACUCAUUGCGAGUGGAGUCCUGACGGUAAACACAUUCUUACUGCAACCACGAGUCCCCGCCUUCGUGUCGAUAACGGAAUCCGUAUCUGGCAUAUCAAGGGAAGUCUGAUGUAUCAUGAGGACAUGGAGGAACUGUACCAUGUUACAUGGUGUCCUCAAUCGACGUCCACCCACCCCUUGGACAAUCCCCUCACUCAGGUGCCAACACCACACCCUUCAGCAUCGGAGUAUAUGAGCAAGGUCAAGACACCCUCGAAACCGGCCGGUGCGUAUCGACCUCCGGGCGCUCGCGGCACUUCUACACCUCUCCUUUUCAAGCGCGAGGACGAGGGUGGCGCUGCCUACACCAACACGGGAGUUUCUUCCAGCAAUGCGACCUUUUCGAAUGGCUUUGGAAAGCAACGCCGUCGCGAGGUUCCCGGUGCUGAGCCCGCCGAUUCCCUUCCUCCAGGCGCUGCACCCGGUGGCGGUGUCAGCCUCACUGGCACGGGAGAGGGAGAGGGUGAACUUUCAAAGGCGGCCCUCAAGAACAAGAAGAAGAGAGAGGCAAAGAAAGCAAGAGAGGCUGCUGAGAAGGCUUCUGGACUGGCUGCGGACGGCAACUCUGGUGCAGGCAGUCGCAGCCCGGAGCGCCGUGACCAUAGCCGAAGCCAGCAGCGUAGCCGCAGUAAGAGUGCAGCUAACAACUACGGAGGCAGAAGCGCUAGCCAUCACCGAAACCACGGUAACAGUCCUCAUGGCCGCCACGGACACGAAGAGGGAAACCACCGCGCUCAGAUGAACCACAACAAUCACCACCGUGCCGGAUCUGGGAAUCAGCAACAGAGAAACAACCACUCUGGUCAGGGGCCCAUGCACAUUCAGAUUGAGAACCAAGGCCCUGUUGCACCCGAUCUGACAGUCACAAGUCCCGGUGGCGGCGGACCCAAUGAAAAGAAAGUCAGGAGCUUGUUGAAGAAGAUCCGCGCCAUUGACGACUUGAAGAUGAGACAGGCUGGCGGUGAAAAGCUCGAGGACACACAGAUCAAGAAGAUCACGACCGAGGAAUCGAUCCGCAAGGAGCUGUCAAGCCUUGGCUUCAGAGAGUAAUGAGACAGCCCGGAAAAAGAAAAAGUGGAGGCUUUGCUGCAUUACAAGGACCCGUGAUUCUUCAGCAUCUUCCGCGGGUUUUGGCCAAGUUUGAAUGCGAAUAUUCAUUUGCCAGGACUCUCGGGAAUCAUGCCUUGACAUGAUGGAAUCGGAUUUUGAUCGAAAAUCGAGAAAAAAGCUGUGUAUGACUUUUACUCGUUGUUUGGAUGAGUUGGAUCGAGCAAGCGUGAGUAGGCUACGGCGUUUUGGGGUGGCCUUAGUGUGUGUUGUGUUGGAAGUCAAAUAGCCAUUCACAACCAUAAAAAAAAUUCUUAAUCGAGUGUGCUUCUGUUCAACCUAUUUCUGCUUUUCCCCAUGAACAGGAUCGCCGUGCGUUCUCUGUGAUUCAUCCGGAUGGCGUGAGAUCGUAGCGUCAGUGUGCGAUGUAUACAUAAGUAUCGUUGCCAUUCAAAAAGCAAUAAGAAGGAGCUGUCGCAUACUUGAGAUAAAAAGGUCGUCUAAAUAUAAUUCAACGCACUGUAGCUACUACUCAGAGAGUGCUUGUACGGUCUUGUAUUCGCAGCAUCCCCACGUCGUUCUUGUUGUAAUAGCUCAUCACUCAUGCGACCUAAAUCGUUUGCUCUCUUGCGUUCGCCUUGAGCAUUGAUGGAUGGGCUGUCAAGUUGCGUAUACCGCCCGGUUCGCAUGUCAUAUGCCGGCCAAAUGAAGACAAUAUCACCGCUGCCAUCCUCAGCACUUUCCUUUGCGUCAUUAUGCCUGACUGACUGUUUUAGUCCUUGAUUGUGGCUUUGGAGACUUUGUUCUUGACUUUGCUCUUGAAGAUCGCCAUAAUGCACCGUCAU